GGGCCUUCCGGAAAAAUCGUUCCAUCUCUCUCUGCUAUCCCUGAAAACCUCACCAUAUCAAUUUUUAUCUCUACUCCAACUUUCUCAGUUACUUUCGCUCUACUUUGAAGAGAUUUCUACAAGCUCGCUCCUAUGAUGGGAGACUGGGUUGAUCGGGGUGAUUUGUGGAAGAACAGGGCUCGAGCACUGCAGCUUCGGAUUAGGGAUCGUUUUCGCGUCGCCGUUCAUGGGAAACGACGUAGGACUGGGUUCUCAGAUGGCUAUUUAUCAGCGUCGCUGCAACGAUGGAUCACUCGCCUCCGUAAGCUUCGCAGAGAUUCAUUGCCUGCUUCAUCAGCAUUUUACCGUAAGCGAGUGAAUAGAGAUAUUGAUGCAGUUGAAGAUUCAGUCAUUAUGCGCAUGCUUCAGGCUCUGGCAGUUCCAGUUAUUGGAAAUGUUUGUCAUGUGUUUAUGCAUGGGUUUAACCACAUCCAGAUCUAUGGUGCAGAAAAGCUACAUCAGGCAUUACAGCAGAGACCUGAAGGGAAACCCCUGAUAACGGUAAGCAAUCAUGUGGCGUCUGUAGAUGAUCCGCUUGUCAUUGCUUCUCUGUUACCACCAAGUUUAUUGUUGGAUGCUCACAGCUUGAGAUGGACACUCUGUGCUACUGAUCGAUGCUUUAAAAAUCCCGUGACUUCUGCAUUCUUCCGAUGUGUAAAAGUUUUGCCAGUUUCUCGUGGUGAUGGGGUUUAUCAAAAGGGUUUGGACAUGGCCCUUUCAAAACUGAAUAAUGGUGGUUGGGUUCAUAUCUUCCCAGAAGGAAGCCGUUCCCGUGAUGGUGGGAAAACCAUGGGAUCUGCCAAGAGAGGAGUUGGAAGGUUGGUGAUGGAUGCAGAUACUAUGCCUGUUGUUGUUCCCUUUGUACAUACAGGGAUGCAAGAUAUCAUGCCUAUAGGUUCAAGUUUCCCAAAGAUUGGCAAGACGGUGACAGUGCUUAUAGGUGAUCCAAUCCAGUUUGACGAUUUGCUCCUUACUGUGGAUGAUACCCAAGAAGUAUCUAGAGCAGAAUUAUAUGAUGCCAUAACUUCUAGGGUUGGUCAUCGACUUAAUGAGUUAAAAGUCCAAGUUGAUAGAUUGGCCCUUGAACAGUCGCUUCAAGUCGAAGGUCAAGCAGUACCAAAUGCACAACGUGCGAAUGGACUUCUGCAGCAGGUGGACUGGGAAGCAUUUGGCAUGUCAAGUUACAUACAGACAGAAGAUCAUUCCUUUUUAAGACCGGCAAUUCAAACUCAUCUGGAGGUAAAUCAUGAUCAAGGACCAGGAUUCACUUCUUCUGAUAGAUACUUUAGGAUGGGUUUCUCUUAUGAAAGUGGGAUUGUUUCAAGGAUCCGUGGUUAUAUGGACCCAACUGAAUUAAUGGGGUUUGCAGCAAAGGGUUUAUUUAUGAAGAGCAGAAUACAGGAGCAUAAAUGUACAAGCUUUCGGGAAAUUGCUCCGUUGAGGGUCUGGAAACAGUUCCUCGAAGCUAACAUUCUCCAGCAAUGGAGUCGCAGCUAAACAUUGAUUGACUGAUCCAGUGAUGUUUGUCGAAAGAUAUUGUUACCUUAACUAAAGUAGAUUAGUGUGAGGUUUUUAAUUUACAGGUCCGGUCAUUGCAGACUAUAAACUUCAUUAGUAUGUGGGGUAUGCCUUCUUGCUUGAAGCUUCUCAUCAUGCUCAAGCUGUUGGAUUAGGUAAGAAAAUGCCAUGGAAACAACUAAAGCCAUGCAACGGUAAGAGGGUGUUAAGAAUAGUAAAGGAAUUUGUAAAGAGGAGUAAACAUUAAUGAUUCCCGAUGGGUGUACUUUCCUGUAGGUGUUGGAAAAUUUUCUUUUAAAAGAAGAAAAAGGAAUGUUUUGUAAUCAUCAUAAUGUAAAUUAAUUAAAAAUUCUAUUAUGUGGUAAUUAUUUUUUUA